CAAGCUAUGAAUAUGAAAUGAAAUGAAGAAGAAUUUUGUUGUUUUCCUUUGAGUUUCAAGGUGUUCUCUUGGAUAAAAUAGUUGAAUUUUAUCAUUAAUGCUUUAAAUACCGCUCAUGUUACGUUGAUUCUAGUAAAUAGUAAGUUGUUACAAGCGACACAGGGAUUAUAACAAUAAUUCAAAGAAAAACAAGUCAUGCAAGACACAAGACCAGAACUGUAUGAAGAGGUGAAACUUUACAGAAAUGCCAGAGAGCGCGAAAAGCAUGAUAACAUGGCAGAGCUGUAUGCUGUGGUCAGCACACUGCAACAUCUGGAGAAGGCCUACAUGAGGGACUGUGUGCGGGCGCAGGAGUACACGGCCGCCUGCAGCCGGCUGCUCGUCCAGUAUAGAGUGGCCUUCAAGCAAGUGCAGGGGGACGAGUUCCCCACCAUUGAAGCCUUUGUCACAAAGUUCAGGCUGGACUGCCCCGCCGCAUUGGAGAGGAUCAGAGAGAACAAACCAAACCUGAUCAAGGACGACAAGGGCAACACCAACAAAUACAUUGCUGAGAUUGUUUCUUUAUUCAUCACGCUGAUGGACAAGCUGCGCCUGGAGUUCCGCGCCAUGGACAUGAUCCAGCCCGAGCUGCGCGACCUGCGCGACACCAUGGACCGUCUGGAGAUGCUCCCCGAGAACUUCGAGGGGAAGCUGAAGGUGCAAGAAUGGCUGGACAAGCUGUCGGAGAUGUCGGCGUCGGACGAGCUGUCGGAGGCGCAGGUGCGGCAGCUGGUGUUCGACCUGGAGUCCUCGUAUGGAGCCUUCAACAAGUUCCUGCAUAAGGACUGAGGACAGAUAAACAAUGCUCAAGCUACGAUGAGAGCUACCAUAUACUGCUGGCAAAUUAUGUUAUUGUUGUUAUAAUAUACGUCAUAAGGUGUUACAAAAACCUAAUAUUACGUAAGAAAUAAUAAUUUGUACUAUAUACCAUAAUUAUUAUUAAAUUAUUUAAUAAAAACAAAAUUAUAAAUUAAA